AUGACCGGUGAUUUGAAAUAAGACAAAACUGCAUCAAAUCAUGUCAGUGAAUAUCAAGUUUACCCAUCAUUCAGACACUCAUGGCAAAUUUGUUAACAUAUAUUUAAUUUAGAGGAUUGAAAUGAAUGUUUUUUUGUUUCAACAGUAGGCCUAGGCUAUUUAAAAUAUAGAGUAUUGUCAAAAAUAUUGCAUUUCUUACAAAUGGCCUACAUUGUCUCUCUCAUUUCGUUUUACAUCCCCAUCCUCUCCUUAAAUUCCAGACUAUUUUCACACCGACUUCGUUCCCAUGGAAUCGGCUAUUAUCUUAUUAUCGCGGCGGUGCCAAUGUCGCCGAUGUGUGAGGCUUUAUUUACAUGACUCUUAGCGAACGGUGCUGAAUGAAUUUAUGACUUUGUAGUCACCCAGUCCCUCCCGAGACCGCAGUGUUAUUUCCCCAAGAACAGAGCUCCUACCAGGUCAGACAGACAGACAGGGCGGGAGACUCCCUAGGGGAUGAAGUCAGUAUAGGGGACACACACAUAUUCAGUCUGAUUAUAAAUACUAUAUGUAUUAUUGCUAAAUAAAUAUAUUAUGUCAUAUUAUGACAUCUAAUAAGUUGGUAUAGAGAAAAGGCCUACCCUGAAGAGCCAAGUGUAUGCAUGUGGGGACAAUAUACUCUGUGUAGGCCGAUUGUAGUGUAUUUUGAAUGGAAAUAUAGGCUAUGUUCCUACACAAUAUAUCCGUGUAUAUCCAGGUAAAAGACAGCGACUAAAAUGCACACAUUUAAAUGUUGCGCCAACAACCAUAUAGUGUUGUUUGGGAUGUGUAUCCAUGCAAGGGCCCAUUUCACAUCCAGAAAUGGCUGCACGUUUAGGCUACACAACCUCGUUGAAUGUGUAUUGUAGGCCUAUAGAUCCGAACCCAAUAUAGUUAAUACUAAUCAUGCUACUACUACUACUACCACUAAUAAUAAUAAUCAACUCUGCAAUUUAGCACUUGAUACACUUAUUCGUGGGAAAAGUCUAUAAAGAGUUACCCCUGGGAAAUGGAAUGAAUGGAUGGAUGGAUGGGGGCUGUUAAAACUGUGUCUGUGCUGAAGCUUUGAAGUGCAGUUAUGCACCGACGUGUUUCCUAUGUCUCUAUAUAACACGGCAUUCAAUGACAUGGUUGGCGCAUUUUCACAGUGAAACGUUACCAACAGAACAAAUCUGUCAAUCAAACACAACGACACUAUAAAUGUCUUUACGGUCCAGUCACAGAGCUCAGUUGCAUCUAGCCUACUCUUUCUCUCUCUCUUUCUCUGACCGCCCGCCUCAGUAUUUCCGCUUGGGAUACUCCACGGAGGCCGUUGUUUUGGACGCAGAAGACUCAUUAGCUGCCAUGGGACCGUGCCAACUGCUGACAUCACUGGUCCUGUCCAUGUGUUGUCAUGUUCUGUACGCUACCGCAUGGUAGGCUUUUUACCUGUUGUCGUUGGCAUUUCAUCAGUUAUGCCACGACCAGUUAUAUAGGCAAUGGGGUGGGAAAAAUCGGUUUACACGAUGGCACUAUUACCAUGUCUUGACUGUGUUUGGUUUCUGUUUUCCAUAGGUCGGUGAAUAACUUCCUGAUGACUGGACCAAAGGUAACGGAUCUUUAUUUACUUAUUGGGCUCGUGUACUUAGACUGCUUGGUUAAAAUAGCCCUUACGGAUUCAGGUACAAAAGGAAUAUCACGUUGCAAAUGUUUUCGCUGCAACUUAACGGGAAAUGUGUUUUCUAAUAAAAACAAAAGAAUAGCUCAAACAAGGAGGCCAAGCUGGAAAACACAUUAAAUGUUUGGUCCAAUACUUAUAACGAACGAGAACCUGUGAUUUACACUGUCUCUUUAUCCGUGUGCCCCUCCAGGCCUAUCUGACGUAUGCCAGUAGCGUGCAGGUGGGCGCGCAGAGCGGGAUUCAGGAAUGCAAACACCAGUUCGCGUGGGACAGGUGGAACUGCCCGGAGAGCGCGCUCCAACUGUCAACUCAUGGACUGCGCAGUGGUGAGAAUAGAUUUAUACUUACCAGGCAGCGCUCUAUAGGCUGCCUAAUCCCUCGAAAUAAAAACUUUCCAAUGGCAAAUAGACUAGGCUUGUAGUGAGUCGGUCUAAGGAAAUUACACAUAGCAAUUUACAAGAGUCUGAUAUUUACCAAUGUCAUCACACUGACCGUGUGUUAACUUUAACCAUAACAUUGACAACCAUGAUCUCUUUAAAUUCCAGCCACAAGAGAGACGUCUUUCGUCCACGCCAUCAGUGCUGCAGGGGUGAUGUACACUCUCACCAAGAACUGUAGUAUGGGGGAUUUUGAUAACUGUGGAUGUGAUGACUCCAAUAUUGGACAGAUAGGUGAGUUUAUAUACCAUUACCAUCUGACUUUAUAACAUUGAGUGUAGCAACCUAUUUGAAUUAUGUGACCAUGUAUUAUAUUCUCAAAUAACAGAAUUGCACACAUUUACACCAUUACGCACAGAACCAAAAAUGGGCAGAAUUACACAUAGAAGACAUCACUGAAAUUCCACAGAAGUAAGGGCAGUAAUACUUGGACAUGGACAUACUUACAUAGACUAACCCUGCCGUAUCUCUCUCCAGGUGGUAGGGGUUGGAUCUGGGGGGGCUGCAGUGAUAACGUGAAAUUUGGGGAGAAGAUGUCCAAACAGUUUGUGGACGCGCUGGAGAACGGCCACGACUCACGCGCAGCUGUGAACCUGCACAACAAUGAAGCUGGUAGACUGGUGAGUGACAGAUCUCAUACAGGCUAUACUGCCGGUGGUGAUCUCAUACAGGCUAUACUGCCGGUGGUGAUCUCAUACAGGCUAUACUGCCGGUGGUGAUCUCAUACAGGCUAUACUGCCGGUGGUAGGCCUAUAUGGGUUUACUGUUUGUUUAAAUUAUGUUAUUUCCUUGGAAUGUUUUGUACAUUUGCGGGCAGAUGUCAUCUGUUUGGACUGGAUAACUAUUUUGGUUAUCAUUUGGAUUCGUUGUUGUGGAGUUUUCGUUAUUUUCAGCCUAUCAGAUCGAACAUAAAUUUACAAAUGAACUGGUGUGAGGUAUUAUUGAAUACAUAACUGACUGAAGCUCUCUCUAGGCGAUCAAGGCGACCAUGAAGCGAGCCUGUAAGUGCCACGGCGUCUCUGGGAGCUGCUCCGUCCAGACCUGUUGGAUGCAGUUGUCUGACUUCAGAGACAUCGGCAACUACCUCAAAGUCAAACACGACCAGGCGCAAAAACUGGAGAUGGACAAGAGGCGGAUGAGGUCCGGGAACAGCGCCGACAACAGGGGCGCCAUCGCGGACGCUUUCAGCAGCAUCGCCCGGACAGAGCUCAUUUACCUGGAGGAAUCUCCAGACUACUGUACCAAGAACAAGAGCCUGGGGCUCCAGGGCACCGAGGGGAGGGAGUGUCUGCAGGGGGAAAAUAACCUCUCCCAGUGGGAGAGGAGGAGUUGCCGCCGGCUGUGCCAUGAGUGCGGCCUGAGGGUGGAGGAGAGGCGGAUUGAGAUAGUCAGCAGCUGUAACUGUAAAUUCCACUGGUGCUGCACGGUCAAGUGCGAGCGGUGCACGCAGGUCGUGACCAAAUACUACUGCGCGCGCAGGGACAGGGGGCGCAGGCCUCAGAAGGGCACGAGGAAAAGUGGGAGAAGGCACCGCGUGCAGCGCAGUUGAUUUGCGCCUGCACAGACUGUGGCUAUCUAUGCAUGAGGAUAAUUAUGAAGGGGACAGUUUAUUUUCAUAUUCGUUAUUUAAACAUGUUUUAUUAGUUAAUUUAAUCCAUAUUCAUCUGUCUGGGAUUGUAUGAAUUGUAUGAUGUUACCCAAAUAUUUGACACGUGAUUUCUCCUGUAACUUGUUCAUGAUCAACAUGUAUUCUCAUCCAUUCCACAUCGGGUGACAGACUAUUUCCACUUUUGUCCCUUAUUUAAAAUGCACUUUAUAGGCUCUAACAUUUUGACAAUCCAAUAGAUUUAUGAUAUGUUCUAAAAAAAAUUUUAAAAAAUCAUUCCUGUGAUAAAUGUGUAUUUAUCAUCACAAUGUUAUUUUGUUCAUGCUCGUUUAAGUUUACUUGUCACUUUGGGGGUGUAUGCAGAUAAAUAUAGUUGUCUAAAUGGGUUAGAGGCCUGUGUGUAAAUUCGGUUUGUCCAUUUUUUAUAUAAAUUAUGAAAUUGUUUUAAGUGUCAUUAUCACGUUAUGUUUUAUUUUUGUACUGGGAAUUGCAAAUUAAAUAUUUGAAUCUUAUUUCGAGUCCUGUUCUGAAUGUACAUCCUGUGCCGACGAAGUUUGUUGCUUUUAAUGUUCUGAUUCGGCAGUCUGUUUUUGUUUAUUGGUGGUGUUGAGGGCGAGGUCUCCACGGGAGGCCAGGAUCAUCUCAUUAAUCUGGCCGCUGGUGUCAUCGCCUGAGGGAAGAAAAUAAACUGUCUUGUCCUGACACCCUUUGAAGUUCUCAAUAGGCGUUUCCUCCAGUCUUAUGUGGCCAUUGUCCAAUCAGCAUCCUCGGAACACCGAGACAAAGGACAAGGUACCCAUUUGUUUCUGAUUCCUUCUCUUAAAUUAAAGGCGAAAGCUGCGUGUCCUCAUCACAUGCCCAGAUCUCUCCCUUAGGGUUGGAGGUAAAAACACUCACAAUGGUCUUCUGUUCGUUCCUUUGUCUCCUGGUACUUUUCCUUCUCCACAACACUCUUAUUGGACAUGCCUGGUAAGACCCCACUUCUAACACAUUUGAUUUAUAACGUCUUUAGUUUUCAUUUAGCUAGUGUCUCGGUUUUAAAAGGUUGUUUCAGGCUAUAUUUUCUCUCUUUUAGGGCCGUGAACAAUUUUCUUAUGACUGGACCCAAGGUAAGAUUUUUAUUCGAAUUGUUUGCUUUAUAAGUAACCUUAGGGAAAACAAGUGUUCCAAACUAUUAUGCAAAGAUUCCCAAAAGGUACUCCUGGCAUCAUGAGUGCACAAAACAUUUGUCUAUUUCAAUAGGAUCGUUUCAGUACUGCGUAAUGAUGGACGAAUGCAUAACCUGCUUUAAUAGCAUUUUUCAUCACAACUCAAUGCGUAUUCAAUAGUAGAAAGGUAUUCAUCUCAUCCAAAUGUCACUUGGAUUAUUCUUUUUUAGUUUUGAGGAUAUUCAAUUGUGGAUUUAACAUGCUCUCUCUUAUCUCCAGGCCUAUCUGACGUAUGCCAGUAGCGUGCAAGUGGGCGCUCAGAGCGGGAUCCAGGAAUGUAAACACCAGUUUGCGUGGGACAGGUGGAACUGCCCGGAGAGCGCGCUCCAACUGUCUACUCACAAAGGCCUUCGCUGCGGUAGAAUGUCUCAGAAUACAUAGCCUACUGUAGCAUUUACGUCUGAGAAUGCAAGUCUCUGUUGCCUAUGUUACAAACAGAGCUUUGAUACCCAAUGAGUAAAAUCUAAUGCAUAGAAUGUAAUAUGUAUGCGAGUUGUGAAGCCCUUACGCCGUGAUUACAUCUACAGUGUUUAUGCGUUUUGGUUCACCAGAAGUACAUUCAUUUCCAACGGAACGCUGCGGUUGCCUUGCAGCACUGCGUUGCAGAGGCAGUUGCAGUGCGUUCUGUGUGGUGCAUACAUUGGAUAAAUCGAACGUAUGCGUUGAUGGCUUGACAGAAAUGGUAGCAGAAGGUAAAUGUUGAACUUCUGUUGCACACAUAUCCAGAUUAUGCAGCGAACCAUUUUACACAAUGACGCUGUAGGUGUGUUCGAGGCUAUGGCUACACCAUGCAUACAAUUAAUUUAUAUUUACCUGACAUUGUGUAAAAGUGAAAUAUUUGAGUACAUAUUUAUAUGUUCGAUGUCUAUCUAUUCCUGUAGCCACGAGUGAGACCUCUUUUGUGCACGCGAUCAGCGCAGCUGGUGUGAUGUACACACUGACCCGCAACUGUAGCCUCGGGGACCUGGACAACUGCGGCUGUGAUGGCUCGAGAAACGGUCAAAUCGGUAACACACACAACAAUGAGAGAGUAGACCUGAAUAAGAAAGUGAUAAUAUUCUUGCAUCCUGCUAUGUGUGCCCAUACUCAUGUUUUUGCUUGUCUCCUGUCCCCAGGGGGGCGUGGGUGGUUGUGGGGUGGCUGCAGCGAUAACUUGGACUUUGGGGAAAGGAUGUCAAAACAGUACGUGGACGCGCUUGAGACGGGCCAGGACUCACGGGCGGCUGUCAACCUUCAUAACAACGAGGCGGGUAGACUGGUGAGUUAUUUCGUUCCAGACUCCUGCAUGGAGAGCUAUGGCAUUACGCAUGGGUUGACCAUGGUAUUACCCAUUAGUUAAUCUUAUUAUUACACAUGAAUUGGCCAUGUUAUGACGCAUUGGUUGUGUGCUUUCAUUCAAUCACACUUUUUAGUUAUUACCCACUAUAACCCCUGUGUCUGUUGAGCAGGCGGUGAAGGCCACCAUGAAGCGCAUCUGCAGGUGCCACGGUAUGUCUGAAAGUUGCUCCGUUCAGACCUGCUGGAUGCAGUUGUCUGACUUCAGAGACAUCGGCAACUACCUCAAAAUCAAACACGACCAGGCGCAGAAACUGGAGAUGGACAAGAGGCGGAUGAGGUCCGGGAACAGCGCCGACAACAGGGGCGCCAUUGCGGACGCGUUCAGCAGCAUCGCCCGGACGGAGCUCAUUUACCUGGAGGAAUCUCCGGACUACUGCGGUCAGAACGUCAGCCUGGGCCUUCACGGUACUGAGGGCAGGGAGUGCCUGCAGCACAGCGAGGGCUUGAACCAGUGGCAGAAGAGGAGCUGCCGCAGACUGUGCCAUGAGUGCGGCCUGAGGGUGGAGGAGAGGAGGACUGAGAUAGUCAGCAGCUGUAACUGUAAGUUCCAAUGGUGCUGCACGGUCAAGUGUGAGAACUGCUCUCAAGUGAUGGUCAAACACGUGUGUGCCAGAAGAGAGGGAGGCCACGGACACAACUACAGAAGGAGAUACCGAGGACCUAAAUGA